AUGAAGCACAAAAGCUCACCGGCAGCCAGUGCCUCUCUGCUCGACCAGAUUGACAUAACUCCAGAGGAACGUGAAUUUGGCUGGAACGGAAGCCUGAGUGGUGUCAGGGGGCUUAGUGAGCAGCAGGCACGGCGAAUCUUACAUUUCGAAAAUUCCCUCAGGCAACGCCUUGAGAUCGACAGAACCGAAGACCAUGAGCGAGAUGCGACAUCUGGCAAUGAAUUCGGAAAGCUUACCUCCGGUACCACCAAUGAGCCUUUGGAAGUAGUGGCUGCAAGGCAUUGUCGGGCAACUUGCACCCGGAACCCAUUCAGUCCUUGUAUUCUGAAGCCGCGGGCGUCACUUCCAGAGUACCAAAGAUUGGCCAGUUCGAGACUCAACCGUUCUCUGCGCAUCAGUAGCAGCCAGUCCUCUUUCUUACGGUUCAAGAGCAUCAAGAGGUCAAAGUCUGAGGAAAGCAGCUGGUCGAGUGAAUCCGACGAGUUUUCCUACCUCAUCGCUCGCGAAAAGAUAGGCAAUUCAGAUCAAACUAGCUUAAGUGAUUCCUAUACCCGGAGCCCAGGUAGCGGGGCCAAUCUAGAGAGAAGUCAUACCAAAACUGGUUUGCGUGGAAUCAUUCGAAAAUUAGGGGGAGCUCUCAGUCUGAACACGAGUCGCUGCCACAGGAAGGCACAUCCAGACGACAAGUUUCCGGAAGAUGGCUCAUAUCUUUGUCAUUUGUCUCAUGACAUGGUUGGUUCUGCAUCCCCCUUUCCAAUGCGCCCGCCCCUUUACCUAGGUUCGAAUCAUCCAUCUACGUCGUUGAACGGGGAGUGGAUAGGCGUCAGCCGGAAAGUGGUCUCAGAAUCAAACCGCCAGUAA